AUGACUGCCAAGAGUUUGAAUGCUGUUCUCGACAAUUUCCUCGUUGCAGUUCGUUUCUAUCAUCUUGCAGUGUCGGCAAUGUCAGUAGCAGGCGUAACAGCAGAUAUUAGUUCUUCACAAGCGACAGCAUCAGGUGAGCGUCAGUCAGCUGCAGCAGCAUCUGUCUCUGCUGCAGCACCAUCCUCAUCUCGGUGGAUUUUUACCCAUGAACAGCUGAUGAGGGUUCCCAGUGUUCGAGAAGGCAUGUCACCGGAAGAAGAAUUAAAAAGAAGGCGUGUAUCAGCAAGUACAAUCCACCAAAUGGCUGACAGACUAAAUCACGAGUCUAGAGUACGGAUAUCUCAAUUAUGUAUAUGCGCUGCAAUGAUGCAUAUGCAUCGAUUCUUCGUCUUUCAUUCCUUCUUCAAAUUUGAUCCACGGGACAUUGCUGCUGCAUGUUUGUUCUUAGCAGGUAAAUCAGAAGAAUGUCCCCGCAAACUGGAUCACGUUGUGCGUGUCUGGUGGGCCAUUAAGUUUCCCCAUUCACCAAAUUUGGAUAAUAACGUUAGCUUUUCCUUGCGUCUCCAUGAAGCGUCGCAGCUGAUUGUCACAUUGGAAAAUUUGGUCCUGCAAACAAUUGCAUUCGACUUGUCAGUGGACAUACCGCAUCCAUACGUCCUGACGCACAUGCAAAAAUUUGCACGAGAUGCGUCAGGAAACAGAAGGAUAUCUGAAAUAGCUUAUUGGUUUGCGAGUGACAUGCUCCAUAUGACAAAUUGGGGAGUACGUUACACGGCGAAAGCGAUUGCAUGUGUUUGCAUCCAAAUGGCAUGUCUCUGGGCAGAAUUUGAGGUAACUGCUGUAUAUACAAAGCCAGCAGCGAAAACACUACCUUGCCGUUACAUUUUAAAUUUAGAAUGUUGA